CGCCGAGCCGGCUGCAGACGCUCCUGCGCGCGAGCGCGGACGACCUGCGGGUGGAGGACCUGUCGAGCAGGACGCAGGAGGCGACGGCGGGGUACACGGGCGCGCAUCGCCGGCGCGGGAGCGGGUCGAGCAGCGUGUUCGCGGCGGUGCCGAGCAACAUGACGAUGCUCCUGCACGACGAGGGGUCUGGACCCGAGGGCCUCUGUGCGCGCUCGAACGCGUCGAGUUCGCCGCACCUGGGCACGGCGGCGCUGCUCAGCAGGCAGAAAGGCGGCGGCGGCGGCGGCGGCGCUGGUGCUGGUGCUGGUGCGAUGGCGCAGUCGCACGCGUUGCAGUACGGCGGCGCGGGGGACGUGUCGCCGACGACGGCGUGCUUCUCGGUUGCGAGCGGGUCGCCGGCGAGCCUGCGGCUGCAGCCCGAGCACGAGGUGCUCCUCGCGGACAUGCAGUCGCUCGACCUGCACGCACCUGCGGGCGAGGACGCGCACGAGUAUUGGACACACCAUGGAUUGUCGUGAUUCGUUCGUUCGUUCGUUCGUUCGUUCGUUUCUAGUUUUUGCCAUCAUUUCUAGCUCUGUUGUGCGCUUUGUGGCUCCGUCGUUUCUGUUCGUCUGCUUGGCUGCAUUUCUCUUUUCCCUUCCCUCUUCAAUUUUUGUCUGUUCGUUUUGGAGGCUUCGAAUGUCACCCGGGAACUCUUGCCGCGAGCUCUUAAUUAUUAGACGUCUUGCUACGCUCGUGUCUCUUUCUUCUUCUUCUCCUCGUCAAAUGUGUAGUAGUUCAG